CAAUGUUCAAACUAUUGGUCGGCCGUCGUGGAAUCCUCCUCGCCGAGACGGAAACUCCCUACAGCCGGUUUAACACUUACCAAGUAGAAGUGUUCCUUGUUUAAUUUCACAAGUAAUUUCUCUAAAAGCAACACGGCGCGACAGUUAAUUGGGAAGUUUACAUUUGCCGAAACAUUUUCAUUUGGGAUUUUUGUCUUUUUUUAAACUGCUUUUGCAAUGAAACUGGUGCCGUGGAAAGAAACCCGGGAAAUGAUGAAGGAUCUGUUACGAGCAUCUCUAGGAGAUUGAAGAGCUUUCAACCAGUACGCACUUGAACGUUGUCACUUGGAGCAUACGCUAGCGACAGAGAAAACCACACUUUUAUACCAUUCCAUUUGUCUUGCUUGCCUUGUCCAUCAUCAUGACUGAAGGAACAACCUCGACAAAAUCUUCUGACGCUAGUUCAACGCAGCUGGAACUGCCCAUGUCGGAUGCAGAGCGAUCAGAGACCGGGAAAUCUCCAUCUGGAUGUGACAUUACAAUCACAGAAACUGUCAUAAUGGACAAGGUAUACUCGACUCGAGAACGAUACACGAUUCUCUCUAUUGUUGCCCUUUCUGGGAUGAUGUCUCCCAUAAAUACUACGAUCAUGUACCCUGCUCUUCCUUCCAUGGCCCGCGACUUUCACACAUCAACCAAUACCAUCAAUCUCACCAUCGCGGUCUUUAUGUUCUGUAUAGCCCUGUUUCCUCUCGGAUGGGGAACAGUGUCAGAUCUUUUAGGUCGGCGCUAUGUGUAUCUCUCAUCGCUUACUUUGUACACAAUCGCAUCGCUAUGUCUGGGCUUUGCGCGAGAUAUCCCUACUCUGCUCCUUCUGCGUGUCUUGCAAGCAGCGGGAAGCAGUUCCGUCUUGUCUGUUGGAGCUGGGACAAUUGCCGAUGUUUUCAAAGGCCCAGAGCGAGGGAAGGCUAUGGGAUUGUUUUAUCUGGGUCCGUUAUUUGGGCCUGUCUUGGGACCUGUGCUGGGUGGAGUGAUACAUGAUUAUGUGGGAGGAUGGCCAAGUAUUUUUUGGUUUUUGAGCAUUUUGGGUGGAAUUGUUGUGAUUGCGGUUUGGUUUUGGCUGCCCGAAACUAUGCCAAGACGGCAGGCUCAUGGGGAUGGAUCUGCGGAGAAAAAGGGGGCAUUGUACAUGCUGUCAAAGUGCAACCCGCUGCAGCCGGUAACAUAUUUCAAGUUUCCGGUGACCAUUGUGACAACACUUUACACAUCAGUUGUCUUUGCAACCAUUUAUUUCAUCAACUUGUCCCUCGAAGUGGCAUUUGAAGAGAAAUACCAUCUAUCCCCAUUCACUAUUGGGCUCACAUAUCUCGGUUUCGGAGCGGGAAGUAUCAUUGGGUCGACGACUGGUGGACGGUUGGCAGAUAUAUUCACCGCCAGAUCUCCUGGUUGCCCCCAAAUGCGAUUAAAGAGUUCACUUAUUGGCGCGGCGGUUUAUCCUAUUGGAGUAUUUGGGUACGGUAUAAGUGUCUAUUACAAAACGAAUUUGGCCAUUCCGAUUCUCAGCCAUGUUCUUGUCGGAUUUGGUAUGACAUUUUCAUAUACCGGGAUAGCAACCUACCUCGUCGAUAUCUUUCCCGGACACUCUGCCCGAGUUAUUGCAGCCCAGAAUCUGAUCCGAUAUGGUGCCGGGGGACUAGCGUCCAUUAUUGUUCUCCCUAUUUUGGAUCACACGACAUACCUUGUCAUGUUUACCAUUCUGGCGGCCAUCAAUCUUCUUGCUGCUUCUUGCAUUCUGUGGACUAUCAUACGAGGGCCUGUGUGGCAGGAGGAUGUCAAACAGCGGUUGCUGGAUGUAAAUUGAUGUAAAUGGACGAGGGUCCUGUAUUUAUAUUUUAAUUUAUUAAAUUAUACAUGUUUCGAUCUG